GCGAAGCAGCAGCAGAUGCACCGAAACCUUGUUUCCCCGCGGCGCGGAAUUCCAACGAAGCGUGUGUACGUCGCACAGGUCGAGAUGUUACCGUCCGAAUUCCUCGAGCUCCUAUAAAGCCACGAUCGACUCAAAGAAACGAAAAUUGUAGAUUUGGUGUCGAGAAGUGUCAGACCGCAGCAUUGAUUUUUCUGUAGUGAGGGUUCAGUUUUCGGACGAAAUCCGCCGAGAAGGUCGGGGAGGGGAGUUCAGCGCUUGAUAGCUAAUUUGUGCAUUUUGGAGUGAAUUCGAGGACGGUAUCUGAUUGUUCUUGCUGUGUCUGGUCUGCUUGAGCUUGACAAGGACGAUCGGAGCGAUGGCAACAGCGGGGCAAGCGGAACUGAACCAGAGGAAAGGGUUCGUGCAAGAAGGGCAGUACGUCAAUGAUGGCAUUCCGCAGGGGUAUCCCCAGAGCCACCCACCUCAAGGUGCUUAUACGACAGGCAAACCGGGUGAGGGUCCUCCAUACGUGCAAGGUCAGAACGUGGAUGAAUUAGGUAGAAAGAAAACAAGAGGUGCUAAGCUCGCAGCAUGCUUGGUCGCUUGCUGGGCCUGCACUUGGUGUUGCCACGGUCCUUGCUGUUGCGGGCUGUAAGCUCCCGAGUGGUCGUUCGAUCGGAUGUCUCGCAACAGCAUGGUUUUCUUUUCAAUAGAUGUUGGGGGUCACGGCCUCAAGGACUCCAGCCGAGCGAAGAUGUUAAGCUUAUCGUACCUGUCAAAACGGUUGGCAUAUCCUCGUACAAGAAGAGAACCGGAGGUAGACAAGAAGGAUCGUGAUCUACCGUCGCAGCACGUCGAUGCCAUGCAAUCAGGAGGGAGCAAUCUGGAAACGAAAGCAGAUGAUGAAGAUUAAUUGCAGUUUGUGAGUACAGAAUUUGCUACUGUAUGUGGCACCUUCAGGGUCAUAGCCUAUCUUCAAAAUAGUUAAUUUUUUGUGUGGCACCAAACCCCUUCGUACGAGGAAUUGGGCAAUUGGGUAGGAGUUCAGGGGUUUAGUCAUAUUUAUACGAUCUUGAAUCUGAACUUUCUAUCGAGUGGUUUUAGUGGAUCAUUGAAGCGAAAGUCUGACAUACAGCCAAUAAGAGAUGUCACUUUCUUCCAAAUGUACAGUUCGACACUAAUCGGGACAAACGGGACUCACCUCACAUUGAGGUUUCAACUAUUACGGUGAUUUUCGUAGGAACGAUCCUAUUCAUUCUCGACGAUGAGAAUUAGUUAUGAUUCACAUGAGUUAUGUGACCAGUGUGACGCAAUUCAAGUUCAGUCAUGAUUAAAUGUUAUGGCUGGAAUUCAUGAAAUAUAAAUUUUAUAGUUUCCAGGUAUUCUGCAGUUAUGCAUUCAUUGUC